UAGUACAACAAUUUACAUAGCAUUUACCUUGUAUUGGGCAUUACAAGUAAUCCAUAGAUGAUUUAAAGGGUAGGGGAGGAUAUUUGCAGGUUGUAAAUCCAUGGGCAUCCAUGGAUUUUGGUACCCCUGAGGAACACAACUACACCUAUUCAUUUAAUAUUGUUUAUGGCUCUAUUGUCUAUAAAAGGCAGAAAUGAGUAACUAGUAUAGAGAUUGUAAGGCCUGUAAAGAAAGUAUUUGUUGUCUGACCUUUUAUGGAAAACAAAACUCUUGCCCUCCUUUGGGCUAGAGCAUAGAUUUCUGCAUAGUUCCCAAGCUAUGCAUUUUGAACAACUUCUUAUAAGAGCAAGUUUCUGUAAAACAUUUCACAAGUCUACAGCCACUUCCCCCAGCAUGAUGGCAAGAACUCAAACUAUGUCUCUUAUCUGGAACUAUAUUUAACUACUGUUUUGGGUAGACUUUGGUUUUGAAGAUGGAGUUACCUACUAAGAGAAGAAAAAUUAUAUCAACUCAUAGUAUUAGAUAGUUCCUUUCCACUGGUACAAGCUCUAUAGUUUGUACCUUUAUUGGGUAUAACACAUUCUAAGAGUGCAAACUCAGCUCCCUACUCUGGACCCUAAUAUCUAAUUUGGACACAUUUGAACUGGGAUUCUCUCCCCUUCUUCUCCAUGUGAGCUUCACUCAUAAGGUUCAAUUUAAACAUGGAUUUGGGAACCUUCCACCAUACAUUGAGGGCUUGUCUUUCCUUCUGCCUCUAACACAGGUCCAGCAUAUCAAGCAAAUGAAUGAAUGAGUGAAAACUACUCUCAAAUAACUAAGGGGAAGGUAAUUGAUGACUUAGCCUGACAGACAAGGAUGACAAAGAUCUAUAAUAUUCCUAAUUUAGGACAAUGAUAGAAUGAAAUGUUAGCUAAAACAUCUUCCUCUGCCUCCUCCCAGUAGGUAGAGCUGUUUGUAACAAAAUGGGUAUAAACAGCCCAGCUUUCAGGUUGGUCUUGCUUUUUUUUGCUCCAGCUUUCCUAGCUUUCCCUACCUGCUCAUCCUGUUGCCUUUUCCACUGGCUGCUCUGUCAUGUGGUGCUCUCAGGAUGUCUGCUGAGCACCUGUUUUUGCUCCUUUCUUCCUGCCCAGGAAUUUCAAGAGGCUCUGGGAUCUGGUGUGAGGUCCAGUUCUCAUGCAGACACUCUGCUCUGGUAGAAGGCACACAGCAUUUGGAGUUGAAGGGCUUGAGUUUUGGUUCUGGGACCACCUAUUCUGUGAAUUGCAUGGAUCUCUGAAAAAUGUGAUUAAUGGUAACAUUCAUUUUAUGGUGUCAUAAACUGCCAUGGAAGUGCUUCAGACUGCUGUUGUGUCCCAAAGCCCACUUUGCCUUAAAAGAAAACAACUCCUGCAUGAAAUCUUAACCUGUAUUGCAGAUUAUUUAGAGUAGGUUUUUUGGUUGUUGUUGUUGUUGGAAACAAGUGUGAGGACAGGGUAGAAACCAUAAAGAAAAUUGCACCCAAAUUUUCCUUCUCAUGUCCUGCUGCUUUUAGUUAUUCAUUUUUUUUCAGCUCAAAGACCCAGCAUACCACAACCCCAGAAUCUGAGAGAGUUUCAUCUAUAGGGAUUGCUUACCAACAAGGAAGAAUUUUUUUGUUUUGCAAACAAUAUAUGUUAAGACUUUAAAAUUUUCUGUAAGAGCACCAAUGUGUUUGACCUCAGCACACCGAGGUAGCAGGCUUUCAUUUCCUAGAGGCUUGAAUGAAAGACAUUCUCCCACAUUGCUCAGAAUAUACCUGAGAGUGGUAUUGCUAGGGCCAGUGGGGAUUUUAAGGGCAGAAUUUGGGAAUAGCAGUGGAGUGAAGGUAUUAUACUCAUUGUCAACUGAAAAUGUGUAACAACUCAGACAGUGGUGCUCAGUUUUUUCUUAAACUCAACAAACACUUCAGAUUCAUUCUUUAAAAGUGAACAAUUUUUAAAACUUAUGCAGAAAUGAAAUCUGGCUUUGAUGGAUCAGCCAAUUUUGAAACCAUCUCACCACUAUCACUGAACACAGAUUACUCCUUUUGUUCAGAAGUGCCCAGAUCUCUUCUCAAAAGCUAACUCUCCUGUUGUCUAAGGCUUCCCUUGACCUUCUGGUGGAGGAGCCCUACUGAAGAUGAGGGUGAGAUUAGUCAAGCAGGGCCUUUUAGUAUCUGCUAGCUUCUGAGGGUUGCUGCUUGUUGCAUCUGAGUAUUCACUAAUGUUCACAGAUGCUCAGCAACUCAUUCAGGGUUAUUUGUUCCCUCCAGAAAUUGCUGAAAAGUGGCCUUGGAUGGAUAUUGUUAGAAAAUAUCUGGGUGAGGAUUUGGAAGAGCCAAGCAUGACUUGCUUGGAGAUUGAGUGGUAUCUGUGUUUAGGAUUUCCCUUUGUUUAAAGUUUCUGGUUCAGCUUUGACCUCUCUUCACCGCUGAGGAAGAGUGGAGGUGCUGCCCUACCUGGAGGAAAGUAUGAAGAUGCCAGAAAUUUCAAGCAUCAUUUUUGAUAACUACAUCUGGUGAAUGGUCACUUCGUAAAACUGAAGGUCUUCCACUCAAAAGAAAGAAAUCAAAAAGAAGGAGAACCUGUGCCUUCUGUGCUUCCUAGCUGCCGUGGAUGGCUCUGGCUCUGUUGACUGCCCUUCCCAGUAGGAUGUCACUGAGAUCCCUCAAAUGGAGCCUCCUGCUGCUGUCGCUCCUGAGUUUCCUUGUGAUGUGGUACCUCAGCCUUCCCCACUACAAUGUGAUAGAACGGGUCAACUGGAUGUACUUUUAUGAGUAUGAGCCAAUUUACAGACAAGACUUUCGCUUCACACUUCGAGAGCAUUCAAACUGCUCUCAUCAAAACCCAUUUCUGGUCAUCCUGGUGACCUCCCACCCCUCAGAUGUAAAAGCCAGACAAGCCAUUAGAGUUACAUGGGGUGAAAAAAAGUCUUGGUGGGGAUAUGAGGUUCUUACAUUUUUCUUAUUAGGCCAACAAGCUGAAAGGGAAGACAAAAUGUUAGCAUUGUCUUUAGAGGAUGAACAUCUUCUUUAUGGCGACAUAAUACGACAGGACUUUUUAGACACAUAUAAUAAUCUGACUUUGAAAACCAUUAUGGCAUUCAGGUGGGUGACUGAGUUCUGCCCCAAUGCCAAGUACGUCAUGAAGACAGACACUGAUGUUUUCAUCAAUACUGGCAAUUUAGUGAAGUACCUUUUAAAUUUAAACCACUCAGAGAGAUUUUUCACAGGCUAUCCUCUAAUUGACAAUUAUUCCUAUAGAGGGUUUUACCAAAAAGCUCAUAUUUCAUACCAGGAGUACCCUUUCAAGGUGUUCCCUCCCUACUGCAGUGGGUUGGGUUACAUAAUGUCCAGAGAUUUGGUGCCAAGGAUCUAUGAAAUGAUGAGUCACGUAAAACCCAUCAAGUUUGAAGAUGUGUAUGUUGGCAUAUGCUUGAAUUUGUUAAAAGUGGACAUUCAUAUUCCAGAAGACACGAACCUUUUCUUUUUAUUUAGAAUCCAUCUGGAUGUCUGCCAGCUCAGACGUGUGAUUGCAGCCCAUGGCUUUUCUUCCAAGGAGAUCAUCACAUUUUGGCAAGUUAUGCUCAGAAACACCACAUGCCAUUAUUAAUUUCACACUCGACCAAAAGCCUAGAGGACAGGAUGCCUUGUAGAAAGUGCUAAUGUUGGUGCCAUGGAAAACUCAGGGAAAGCCAGAGUGCUGGCUUGCCCUGGGCCGAAAUUCAUGGAGAACCUGUAGACCUGAGGCUGGAGGUCUACACUUUACUAGUGAUUUUUUUUUUUUUGACAAAAUUUCAAGUCAGUCCUUUAAAGAGGAAUUAAACAUAAAGGAAUCAGAGAUUUUUAAUAAUAAAAUUAAUAGAACCAAACAAUUUGAAUAUGUGUUUCCAAAGACUAGAAUUUCUUAAAGUAUUUCCCUGAGUGACAAGCUCACUAGUCCAUAACAAGAAGCAAUGUGGAGUUCUACUUAUAGAACAGUUUACUUACAUAAGGGUUGAGUGUGUCUUACAUGGAUUAUCAAUUAAAUAAAUAUAUACAGUUCUAUGGGAAAAACUUUGUUGAAGUUAUACUGAACCAAAUUUCAUCUGUUUUUGGUCACUGCGAAGGUAGUUCAAAGUGUUGCAGUAUUUCAGAGUUACCAAUUGUUAUUUAAUGUUACUUCAAACUUCCU